AUGCUGGAGAUGCGAAACAGACUAACUGCUAGGAAGGUAGUCAAGUCUAUGCUAGGAUGGGAAUGGCAAGGGCCUCGGGCUGGCCACGAGCAGCCUGGAAGACCUCUGGCGUCCCCAGUCUCCAAUCUCCAAGCAAUGCGCCAUGCGACCCUCCGCAUCGCCGACCCCCCACCUUUGCGCAAGGAUUUUGAUGGCGGGACGUCUUUCCGAGCCGAGCGGAGUCUGGAGUCCGCUGUUACUAUUUAA